GAUGAAAAUCAGUCGCGGGAAGGAGAUGAAUACGGAGGAGAACAAGGCUACUGCUGUGACCACAGUUGAGGACAAACAGCUAUCCAGAAUACCAAAGUCAAAGCCAAGUACGCCCAAGAUAGGAAAGCCUGUCCGUUCAUUUAUCACAGGCAAUUCUCCUCUGCUGCAAAUCCCAGUGAACAAGCUAAGUCGCAAACCCAUCCAGGAGAAGGAAGACAAGCCACAGUCAAAAGAAGCAGGAGUCACAGAGGACAAAGAGAACAACUCAGCCAUGGAAGCGGAAAAUGGGAUCGUGGACAGAAAGCGAGCUCUGUCCCCAGGGAAUGAGGUGGAGACACCCAGGAAGAGGUCUAAGAAGGAGGAGGAAGGUGUGAAGAAGGAGGUAAAUGUGAUGCAGAGAAAGAAACCCUCGGUGACAGAGGACGACAUCAAGAACAUCCUUAACAAAGAGUCAGAAGAUGAUGACUCUGGCCUGAGCAGGUUGGAUAGCUCAGAGGAAGAGUCAGGGGAGGAGAAUGCGGCACAGAGGAAAGCCAGUACUAAGUCGGACUCCAAGAAGGGUAGCAAAUCCAAUGGGGAUUUGGACUCUGAUGAGCCCCUGGCAAUGAAAGCCCCCAAGACUAAAGCACAGAAGAAGGAACCUAAUGAGGACUCAGGACAGGAUCUUUCUGAGCCCAAAGCAGAACCAGCAAAGAGUUCCAAGAUGUUAUCUGAGGACUCCAACGAAGAUGAAGAAGAGGUGCCGAAAAAGAAAAAGUCCACACAGUCAUCAGCAAAAGGCAAGAAUACCAAAAAGAAGAACAAGGCAAGGAAAGGUGAUGAUUCUGAUGAUUCUGAUGACGAUGAACCUCUUGUGAAGAGCAGAGGGAGGCCAAGGAAAUCCAGCAAAGCCUCCUUGCGUGAGUCUAGCUCAGAAGGAUCAUCAAGUGAGUCAGAGUAUGAGCCUGAGGCCAAGAAGGGAGGCAAAAAAACUAAGGCCAAACAAAAGAGCAAGGCAGCAGCCAGAAACACAAAGUUGGCCAAGAAGAAAUCUAAGAACAGUGAUUCCGAUUCUGAUGAUGAUGAAGAAGCUCCUAAGAAGAGCAAAGGAAAAGCAGUUAAGCCAGGGAAGAAGGCCAAACAAGCUGUGAGUUCCAGUGAAUCAGAUGAGGAGCCACUGAGUAAUAAGAAAGGGAAACAGAUGAAGGAUGACCAGUCAGGCAGUGACUCAGAUGCAGAGGCAUCAGCAAAAGGCAAGAAUACCAAAAAGAAGAACAAGGCAAGGAAAGGUGAUGAUUCUGAUGAUUCUGAUGAUUCUGAUGAUUCUGAUGAUUCUGAUGACGAUGAACCUCUUGUGAAGAGCAGAGGGAGGCCAAGGAAAUCCAGCAAAGCCUCCUUGCGUGAGUCUAGCUCAGAAGGAUCAUCAAGUGAGUCAGAGUAUGAGCCUGAGGCCAAGAAGGGAGGCAAAAAAACUAAGGCCAAACAAAAGAGCAAGGCAGCAGCCAGAAACACAAAGUUGGCCAAGAAGAAAUCUAAGAACAGUGAUUCCGAUUCUGAUGAUGAUGAAGAAGCUCCUAAGAAGAGCAAAGGAAAAGCAGUUAAGCCAGGGAAGAAGGCCAAACAAGCUGUGAGUUCCAGUGACUCAGAUGAUGAGCCACUUAUAACUAAGAAAAGAGCCAGAAAGGUCAGUCAGAACCGUACUCCAAAAUCGAAAAAAGCAGCCAGUGAAAGUGACUCAGAUGAUGAGCCAUUACAGAAAAAGAAGCCAACUCCAAAAUCGAAAAAAGCAGCCAGUGAAAGUGACUCAGAUGAUGAGCCAUUACAGAAAAAGAAGCCAACUCCAAAAUCGAAAAAAGCAGCUAGUGAUAGUGACUCAGAUGAUGAGCCAUUACAGAAAAAGAAGCCGACUCCAAAAUCGAAAAAAGCAGCCAGUGAAAGUGACUCAGAUUAUAAACCAUUACAGAAAAAGAAGCCGACUCCAAAAUCGAAAAAAGCAGCCAGUGAAAGUGACUCAGAUGAUGAGCCAUUACAGAAAAAGAAGCCGACUCCAAAAUCAAAAAAAGCAGCCAGUGAAAGUGACUCUAAUGACGAGCCAUUACGGAAAAAAAAGCUGACUCCAAAAUCAAAAAUCAAAGCCAAAAAUGCUACAAGUGAUAAUGACUCUGAUGAUGAUCAAUUAGUGAAGAAGAAACAAACUCCAGAAGCUGAAAAAGCCAAGAGUGAGAGUGAUUCCGACAAUGAACCACUGCAGAAGAAGAAGGCUGCAAAGAGUGAGGACACAGAGGAAGGGAAGUCUGGUGGAUCUGACAGCAAGCAAGAGCAACACAGGGAAGGAAAGAAAAGAAAUAAGCCAAGUAGUUCAGAUGAAGAGGAACCUCUGAGUAAGAAGAAAGGCCCAAGUCCCAAGAGGAAGAAGAUAGAAACCCCAAGUGAAUCAGAUGAGGAGCCACUGAGUAAUAAGAAAGGGAAACAGAUGAAGGAUGACCAGUCAGGCAGUGACUCAGAUGCAGAGGCAAGUGCAAAGAUGAAGAAGAGUGUUCCCUCAAAACAGGAGAAGGAGGAAGAUUCUGAGGAUUCUGAUGGAAGUGAUGCAGAUGCGAAGAAGAACCAGCUUAGCAGCAACUCGGACUCAGAGUCAGAGGCAGAGAAGGAGAGUAAGAAGAUGCCCAAAAGAGGCAGAAAGCCCAAGACAGCUAAAGGCAAGAAAAAGGACUCAGACUCAGAGUCAGAGCCAGAGAAGGAGAGUAAGGAGACGCCCAAGAGAGGGAGAAAGCCUAAGGCCAAAAAGACGGCCGAUGACAGUUCAGAAAACUCAGGUGGCGGCAGUAGUUCUGAUGACGAAGAGCCACUAGCCAGGAAAACUCCCGCGAAGCAGAAGACUAAAGCAGCAGAGAAAAAGCCACCUAAACCUGCGCAAACCAGUGAUUCAGACAGUGAUGAACCUCUAGCCAAGAAGAAGAAAGAAGGAACAGGAGAGAAAGGAAAAGAGGUGUCAAAGAAAGCUCCAAAAGCAGACAAGGCAGACAGUGAUAGUUCAGAUACAUCACUCAACUCGGAUAGUGAUAAUGAAGAGUCCUCAAAAGAGCAGAUGAAGCCAGCCAAGAAGGAAGCCAGUAAAAAGUCACCAAAGCAAUCAAAGGGUGAGGACAAACUAGCCCGUCUCAAAAAGUACAUCCGCACCUGUGGCAUCCACAUCAAGAACUAUGACAAACUUCUGGAAGGCUGCAAGAGUAUUGCUGCCAAAAAGGCUAAACUCCUGGGUGUGAUGGAAGAACAGGGACUUAAAGGUCGAGGCAGACGCAAUGCACACAGCCUGUACGCCAGCCAGAGGUCGCAGUCGCCGCAGUUCAACUCUCCAAUCAAAGCAUCGAGGGCAAGAAUCAUAGCCGAAUCAGAAUCAGAGUCGGAUUAA